AUGUUCCAAUUGGGUUCAUCCUCCAAUGGUAAAAGUUCCAAUGCAAACGCUUUACGCAGUGGUUCAGAAAACAAGUCAGUUACUUAUACGACGGCUCACGGUAACAUAAAGGACUCAACUGCAAAUAAGGGGAAACAGGACAGUUCAAUUUUGACCCAGUCCAUUGACGUCAAGAAUACCAACCAGAACACCAGAAAGACAGAAACGAAACCAAGGGCAAAGAUAAAAAGGAAUAUCUUCAACAUGAACCAAACAGAUGCAGAUAGGCCUUCGCGCAGGGAUAGUAGCAGCAGUUACACCAGUACCAGCAGUACUGACAGUGCCGGUGUUCAUGUCCCGGGUAGCGGGAAACCGCAGCCCACCAUGACAAAUAGCUCGGAUGAGCUUUCCAGUGGGCUCGAGAAGGAAUACUCCGCCGAUAUCCGGCCUUUGAAGUUUAAAAUGAACAAGUCGCCGAUGACGUCUUCCUCAGCAGAGAUGGGUAAGCGCGCACAGCGAUCGCACUAUGCGAUGCACGAAGCCCUCUUCAAGCCAGGGUACAAUGGCAGCCCAAACUCAAGUGUACAUUCACCAAUGGGGAACAAUAUCAUCUCGUACCCUUGGUCAUACAACUUUAUCGAUAAACAACAAUUCACAGGCUACCUCGAACAACCGAAGUACAUCAAAGUGUUCCAUAAAAGAAAGAAUAUAGGAGCCUUCAAAAGACUAUUCUUGGCACAGGAAUUGCACACGGAUGAAAACAAUGCAACAAUUUCUCUCGAGAGUGGACCCCACCAGGGCCGCCCACUUAACCCAAGAUUGUCAGUCGCAUCAGCAUCAGCAGCCACAACUUCCGUGGGGAACAGAAAAGCCGUCUGGACCAUCAAAUUCAGCAUCAACGGUAAGUACAUGUCGACGGGGAAUAAAGACGGUUCCGUCAGAAUAUGGAAGGUCAUCAGCUCCCCCGUGGAACGGUGGGAGCUGGACACGGUAGAGGACGCGCAGAACCUAAUGAAGGUGAAAACUCAGGCGUUAAAGAAACCCCGCGCAAGUACCUCCAGCAUAGACCCGCACGAUCGUAAUCUUGGGGCGGGAUCCACAUAUGUCGACGGGGUAGACGCAACGGAUAAGUCUGAGUCGACAAAUCUGUAUGCCCCCGUCUUCAACCCAAAACCCGUGAGAACGUAUAGAGAGCACACACAGGACGUUCUUGAGACAGACUGGUCCAAGAAUGAUUUCUUGUUGACAGCAUCAAUGGAUAAAACGGUCAAACUAUGGCACCCUGCGAAGAAAGCAUCCUUAGGAAACGUUUCUCCAUCCAGAUUUUGUCACUUCGGUGCGGUUCCAUCCUCGAGACGACAGGUCUUCGUUUCUACGUGCUUGGACCACAAGUGCAGGCUGUGGUCCAUCGUCGAUAGCGAGCUGUGCUUCGAGUUUGACUGUCAAGAUCUCAUAACGUCAUUGGCGGUCUCAGAGGACGGCGCCUACACAUUCGUAGGCACUUUCAACGGGUUCAUACAUAUUCUUGCUACAAACCCACUCAAGUGUCUGACAUCCUUCCACAUAAAAGAUAGAAAUACACAGGGCAUCCAUUCCAAGCCCGUGGGUAGUGGUGGAGAAGCUGGCAGUAAGAAGGGUAAAGAACACCGCGGGCCUCGUGUUACAGGGAUUGAAUGUUUCAGUGUCAACGGGAAUACGGCAAAUCGUAAGUUACUGAUUACCUCAAAUGAUUCAAGAAUAAGAGUGUUCGACAUGAACACGAGGAAAGUCAUCGAGUAUCUUAAAGGUUUGCAUAGUGCGUCGUCGCAGCAUAUUGCACAGUUUGUGCCUUGGAACAACAAACCCGUGGUGGUUUGUAGCAGUGAUAACCACUGGAUAUAUGCGUGGGAGUUGAUGUCUGAAGAGUUCCAGCUGAAACCAGAUUUGGGAUCUGUAAACUUGGAGGAAUCUAUCAGGGGGCAGCCCAGCAUGGAACAGAUACUGAAGCAGGAAGAGAUUUUCGACAGGGAGAAGCACCCGAAAGGGAAGAAUAAGCCGCGAAUACCUUUUUUCCACAACCCGUUCAAGCUUUUGUCGAACAACUCGUCUAAUGCGGAUGUGACAGCCAAAAAGAACUCAAAAUACGCUUCCUUCCAUGCACACCAUCGUCCCGUGACCAACGUCGUGGUGGCACCAGUGGCGACAGCAAAGACACUUUCCCUGUCGAAUGAUUUUAUCUGUGAAUUAACGUUGCAAUUUAUCAAGGAGGCUACUAUGGGCGACACUGAGUCGGCUUCCACCGUUUCGUCCAGUACUCGGUCCCUCGGCAAGAAGAAGAAUAAAGAAAAUGCCACGGAUUCUGUCAAGAUAAGCCCGAAGAGAAGCGUUCCCGACGUCGUUCAUGCGAUUGGUCCCAUCAUUGUCAGCAGCGACAACAAUGGCACAAUCCGUGUCUUUCGAGUGGACAUGUCCAAAAAAAUACGGCUCGAUAUUCUGAAACAGAUGAAGGAAAUAGAGAAACUGCCCAACACCCUGGAUAAAAAGGAGGCGCCGUCCUAUUUUGAUGACGCACUCGUUGGCCAGUGUUUGAAUAAUUCAAGUGGACGUACACACGCUGAGAGUCCAUUGCACCAUGUUGAGAACAGGUCUUCGACGGAGUACGACAGUACGACUCCCAAGGGUAAGACAUCGAGAUCCGGCACGAGCGCCAGAAACAAUUUGUUCAGCCGGUCACAAAAUAGCCUUGUCUCUGUAAGGUCCACGGGGAAGAGUGGAUCUGUGGUUAUGGAUGAAACCAACGCGUUGUUGAACACCAAGAUUGCCCCAGCGGGGUCCACAAGAAACACACGUACAAUUGACAGUCUGGGGACACUGCGUCUAAGAUGCGACGUUUGCAAUGGAACCAAGUUUGAAAGGCUACGCAGGAACUCACUGGGACAGAGAGAGUUGGGAUACUACUGUGUUGACUGUGGGACACUGCUCAACAACUUCAGGUAG